UGCCAGGCCGGGUUACUUUUUUGUAUUGAAGCAAAAUGGCGGGUGGAGAGUCGAGGAGUUUUGUCUUUAGAACGCGAUAAUAUCUAACGCUAUUCCUAUGACUACGGAACAGGGAAGCUGACGGCUGUUUGGGGAUUUGUAGCAGGGUCUUUUUGCCAGUUGUUAUGGUCGUUUCAAGUCAAAGAUGGCGGAAUAUAUGGCGUUUUCUUGUCGUCUUUUCUUGGGCUUUGGAUUAUACCGCUUGCCAAGUGGACAGUAAAUUCUACACUUUUGUUAAUCCUAGUAAUUUUAUAUCUUUAUAUAAUGUCUCAAACUAUGAAUUAUCAUCUUCCUGGGCUAUAAAGAUCCCCGUUACAGAUGGCAUGAAUGGAAAGACAAUAGACGCGCUGGCCGAUCGGAUAGCACAUGAGGCCGGUUUAACGAACAGAGGUCAGAUCGGUGGUCUCACCGGACACUACCUGUUUCUUCACGAAUCGUUCACUAACAAGAGCGCGAUAGACCGCGAAGAAUUGAACAUAGUACAUCGAGCAAUAUCAAAUUUAUUAAGGAAUCAUCCCAAUAUAAUAUGGUCAAGACAAGAGGUUGUCCGGAAAAGACAUCGACGCAGUCUUCAGUUUAAAGAUCAAUACUUUCCUAGCCAAUGGCACUUGGAUAACCUUAGAUACGUAGGGCAUGACAUUAAUGUGACAGGAGUAUGGGAAAACAAUAUUACUGGACAAGGUGUUGUUGUGUCUGUUAUUGAUGAUGGUGUGGAGUGGACCAAUCCAGAUAUCCUUGAUAACUAUUCUCCUGAAGGGAGCUGGGACAUCAACUCCAAUGACGAGGAUCCUAUGCCAAGAGCUGAUGAUGCAGGGCUUAACCACCAUGGGACACGCUGUGCUGGGGAGAUCGCCGCUGUGCCUAAUACAUACUGUGCUGUUGGAGUAGCCUAUGGCGCCAAGGUUUCAGGGGUGCGUAUUCUUGAUGGCCCCAUGACAGACAGCUUGGAGGCAAUGGCCUUCAACACCAAGAUGCAUGUCAAUGACAUAUAUAGCUGCAGCUGGGGGCCUGAUGAUAAUGGCAAGACUGUGGAUGGCCCUCAUCAACUUGCACAGGCCGCUCUUGCUCAUGGUGUCCUUGCUGGUCGGCAUGGCUAUGGCAGCAUUUUUGUGGUUGCAUCUGGUAACGGUGGACACUUUAAAGAUAACUGCAAUUUCGAUGGCUAUGCAAACUCCAUUUACACGGUCACCAUUGGAGCUAUCGAUGAGCUGGGAGACAUGCCGUACUAUGCUGAGCAUUGUGCCGCCAUGUUGGCUGUCACGUAUAGCAGCGGACAAGGCAUGCAGCGUAACAUUGUCACCACGGAUUGGCGGCUGGGGACUGGUACCGGGUGUACAGACAAGCACACAGGCACAUCAGCAGCCGCGCCUCUCGCCGCGGGAAUGAUCGCACUUAUGCUACAAGCACGGCCUUGUCUCACUUGGCGGGAUGUCCAGCAUGUUAUCGCUAUUACUGCUGUCAAGCACGACGUCGACGAUGACGAUUACCAUAGCAACGGAGCAAACUACCAUCACAGCCACAAAUACGGCUUUGGCGUGAUGGACUCAUGGCGCAUUGUCAACACCGCAAAGGUUUGGAGGGGCGUGCCUUGGAUGACGUCAUGGUCAUCACCUGUCAUUCACGUCAAUCGAGCCAUUCCGGCUGCCACCAACAAGCUCGUGCAGAAAUAUACUGUUUCCAAGCAAAGUGUGAUGGAAGUUGUGACAUUGGAGCACGUGACCGUGACGGUCAAUAUCCAUCACCGUUACCGUGGUAACCUUAUUGUCAACUUAGUGUCGCCCCAGGGCACCACAUCCAAGCUCGCCACAGCAAGGCAUCAUGACAGGUCUUCUGAUGGCUUAAAUGACUGGACUUUUUCCACCGUGAGAAACUGGGGCGAGAGUCCUGUCGGGACCUGGCAGCUCGUUGUCAUAGAUAACGGCAAUGAUAUCGCUCGUGGAUUCGUGAAGACGUGGAGGGUGACGCUGUACGGCUCGUCUAUGACGCCGGCGGAGAUCCGCCGCAGACAAAGAAUGGUCGAAGAGGCAAGUAGUGGCAAGUUCUUACAUAAUCCGACCAUCCCAUCGUGCCCACCGCUACCAGAGGACAUGAAAACGGAAGAGGGUCUUUCCGAAAGAAUGCUAAAGAUCUUGCUGCUCUUCAGCGCGUUCUGUUUUCUGAUCGCGUUCUACUACAUAUUGGACGUCGUAUGUGACAGAAGUGAGGCCCACUCGCCCCAGCCUCCAAAAGAAAUGGUACAAGAGGCCAAGCCCUCUCCCCUUAUUCCAGCCAAACUAGACAAGGAAGACUGGAAGCGACUAAGUCAUAUUCUUGAGCGCGGAAAUCAGGACCAGAGGCGACCAAGCGACAUGAACGGUGGCAGCGUCCAACGCAAGCCGUACCCCUGCAGCCCUAGUUACACCCCCUCCAUGCGCGCCCCGCCCUGCACCCCGCAGGCAACAACCCCAUCCGACCCCCCGCCAGACACCAAGAGGUAUAUCUCGCCCACUGAGGAGAGCAGGCGGAUGCGAGAUUUUGAGAAGCGGCUGAGAUAUGCCAUGGAACAGAGUCUAUUGCUGCAGUCGAAGCAGAUGAAUGAGCUCGACGCGUUCCAGCAAGAGCUGGAGCAAGCACGAGAAGACACUCUAUUAUCACACGCGCUCCAACACAGCCGAGGCUACAGUAGCAUAAGAAAUAACGCAGGCUUGUCGCAGACUGUCGACAAGACAAGUGGUUCACGUUCACUUACCAAGCCUCUCAAAGGCAUCCUGAAGAAGGGCAAGUCGUACCUAAGCAGUUCUUCAAGAUAGCGACUGUGUGAGUGUCACAAAUGCCAACACUUCUUGAGCCCAUCAGUUCAAGGCAGUAUCCCAUUCACCCGGUUUAUUCAAUUCCCAAAAGUUACCUCUGCAGAAGUUUUCUAUAAACGAUUUUUACGUAAAAGAAUAAAUAUGUAUCGUCAAAGAUACUUUUCAAAAUAUUUUCUGAAAAGCUAUUUUGGCAAAUAACAAAUAACCUUUUUGAAGAAGUUAGGUAGCGUUUUUUAAUUAAUUUUUUUUAGGCUGUCAGCGAAUAUAAUAUCUGAAAUUAUUAAAUCAAUUUUGGCUGA